AUGAAUCGUAGCAACACAAGGACAACUGGUCCCGUGGGCUACACGGCAAAGCCGCUGCUACAUUAUUGCUUAGAGCGUCAUAAUGGUCACUCAAGAGCAAUUAUUCGUGGAGUACCGAAAGCACCUGUGUCGAGUUCACCCCAUUUCAUAGCUAAUUCUAUUAGGCUGCUGAGCCAAUUGCGCUUGCACGAUUUGGGUAAUAACGUGAUUGUAAUCCUAUUACAGAAACUACUUAUUGGAAAUUGUGCAUGUGACGUGGCGGGCGGUGCGGGCUCCGUGAACGCGCUACCUGCGGGGGGCAGCUCGCGACUCGCGCCGUCCUUUGACGCGGCGACCCCCCGCAACGUCACCGCGCUUGUCGGCAAAUCUGCGUAUUUGAACUGCAAAGUGAGAAACCUUGGAAAUAGAACGAGUUCGACAUUGAAUACAGAAAUGGAUACAGGGUUUAGAUUUGAAAACAAAUUACUAAACUGUAUUGUAGAUACAAAA